UGAUUCAGGUGUGUUGUGAUGGUCUCCAGGACCAGGAUUGAGAAACACUGACCCUCUGCAUUGAAUUGGCCAUAAGAUAUUUGCAUUAAAGAUACAUUAAGUAGGAUUUGCUCUCGGGGUUCCCCUACAGUUGGUGAAACAUUAUUUUUUACAGCAGUCAUAAAAAUGUAUAUUACGGUGACUAACCCAGGGACUGUAAUGUAUGCAGUACAGUAGAAUAUUGUAGUUCUUUUUGUGGCAUGGACCUAAAACCAGAAGUUGCAUGCUGUAUAUGCAGGCGACAUUCACCCUGCUUACCUCCAGGGCCCUCGUUUGUACCUGUGCAACCUGCCGCACAUUGAUGUGUCGUUAUAGGCGCGGGGUGGCGCUGUUGCUCACCCACACACAACGCCUUUCUCCCGUUCUCCGCAUCGCUGCCGCACCAAACAGUGUAAACAUGGCGUCGGCCCUCGGUCGCUUGGCCAGGCUCUCGGUCUUGAGACGCGGCCGCGCUUCACCGCUGACCCGCUCCGAUGGACAGGGGAUGGCGGUGACAUCGCGGCGCACAGCUGUGUGCACAUCCUCCGGUGCCAUUCUGCCCAAACCAAGGAAGACCCCAUUCGGCCUUUUCCGGAUUGCUGUGGUAGUGGUGCCCUUCUUGUAUGUGGGAACUCAGAUCAGCAAGAACUUUGCUGCGCUGCUGGAGGAGCACGACAUCUUUGUCCCCGAGGACGAUGACGACGAUGACUGAGGAGCCUACUAUCUUGUUUCGUCACUACCUGGGAGGAGUGUGAGCCUCUGAGCAGAUUAACUUGUUCCACUGCUGUGUAAUUGUUGAGGUGUCUGUACUGGAUUCAGGGUUUUUCUGUUGACAACACUGAGAUUGGGCUGUUCCUCACUGAGUAGCAUAUUUGCAUGCACUACUUAAAUCUUCUUAAUAAAGUGAAUGAAUUUGAAGAAAUACAGCACAUGCUCAGUGGGUUUUGGUGGCACAUCCAAGUGUAAUGUUGGUGUUUUUGAAUGUAACAAACUUUGAUGAGAACAGUUCUUGUAGUUUAUGUUUGUGAUAAACAAGUUUGCCCAAAACACUAUGGGCUAUGAUCCAAAAAAAAGGCAUCCUGUCUUUAGUGUUUCCUGGUAUAUAAAAAUAAACAUUAAAUGAAA